AUGGAUUAUCCACAAGAGAGCUUUGUUGCGACGACAUUCGCCCCAAAUUCAUUUUGGGCUCGUCGCCGUGAAGUGGUACGGAUUCAAACGUUGCAACAUCAGCUUCACAUGCUUAAAGAGACUGGCCGGUAUGAGGCAUUCAAUUUAAAGUGGCAUCCUAGCUACUCGGUCCCUCCAACGGUCUAUCCCAUCCCUAAUCACCAAUUCUGGGAUUCCGAUGUGGCUAAGUGGAUUGAAGGCGCUUGCUACUUGCUUAUGGACCAAUUCGACUUGGAAAUCGAUGCGGCGGUGAAAGAGCUAGUGCAGAUGAUCCGAGGGGCUCAGAAGGCAGAUGGUUAUCUUAACAUCCACUACUCGGUGGUGGAACCCGGCAAACGCUUCACCAAUUUGCGAGACAUGCAUGAGCUGUAUAAUGCAGGUCACCUUAUUGAAGCAGCCCUCGCCCAUCAUCUUCUCUAUAAGAAUGAUGAACUGCUGUCACCGAUUCUUAAGUACGUGGAUCUUCUAGCUGCUACUUUUGGUGCUCAAGAAGGCCAAAUUCCUGGCUAUCCUGGCCAUCCAGAGGUCGAACUGGCCCUCCUGCGCCUAUAUAAGGUAUCACGAAACCCAGCGCAUCUACAGCUGGCUCAGUUCUUCAUAGAAGAAAGAGGGAACCCGAAGGGUGGGAAAGGAGAAUGUCAUUACUUUGAUGCAGAAGCAAAGGCCCGCGGCGAGAGCGAGCAUGACCUACCCAUGUACUUCCCUGCUGCAAGAAGUUAUUGGUAUCAACAAGCCCAUGUUCCGAUUGUCGAUCAAGAGACAAUUGAAGGACACUCUGUCCGCGCUAUGUAUCUCCUCACGGCAGUGGCAGAUCUGGUUCGAAUUUGCCAACCCAACAGUAAAACUGGGAUAAAGUUCCUUCCAGCUGUACAUCGAUUAUGGUCCAAUAUGGUGGAAAAGAAGUCUUACGUGACGGGGGGUAUCGGAGCCAUGAAGAAGUGGGAAGGGUUUGGAAUUGAUUACUUCCUACCUCAAGGUACUGAUGAAGGAGGCUGUUAUGCCGAAACCUGCGCCGCGAUAGGAGUGAUGAUGCUUGCCGAAAGACUAUUACAGAUUGAACUAGACAGCCACUACGCAGACAUCAUGGAGCUAUGUCUCUAUAAUGCAGUUCUGACGGGUAUGAGCUUGGAUGGAAAAGCGUUCACCUAUGUAAAUCAACUCGCGUCUUCCGAUCAGGAUAUCUCAGAGCGCCAUGAAUGGUUUGAGUGCGCUUGUUGUCCACCCAAUGUCACCCGAACAUUGGGUUUUCUUGGUGGAUACCUUUGGAGCCACACUAUGAAGGAUCAGAGUGCCGUUGUCAAUGUGCAUCUGUAUUCAUCGGCGACGCUGAGUCUCAAAGUCUCCUCAUCCACAAUGAACAUCACGCAGAGAACAGACUGGCCAUGGAAUGGUGAUGUGGAUUUUGAUAUUCACACUGAUGGGCCGCCUGUUGGUCUGGAGUUACGAUUGAGAAUUCCGGGAUGGGCGACAUCUUGGAAGGUCACUCCCUCUCCGGAGAAGCUUCAUGUUCGAAAUGGAUAUAUGUUCUUGAGCUCUGAGUGGCUACAAGAGAAUUCGCAUUUCCGCCUUUCUUGUCCUAUGCAACCGCAAGUGGUGCGACCAAACCCUCUGACCCUACAGCCCGUGGCAUAUGUCAGACGGGGACCAAUUGUUUAUUGCGUUGAGGACGUUGACCACCCUUGGGAAUCGAAUCAUUUCAAGGUAAUGCAGCCCAUUUUCAUGCAGAGAUAA